UUUGCUAUGGAAGAAGUUACAACGGCUACAGCCUGAUCAACGUUACUCCUCAAACUGAAGAACAUGUGAAGUUCUUGAAUACCAUGAAAUCUAAAAAUUACCUGGACGUGAUAUUUCUAGAGGAGCCAAUAAUAAAAAGGAAAAUAGCAUUGAUGGUCAACCCGCAACAUAAAGAUGAUUUUAUAGAGAGAACAAAUCAUUUCAAGCUCCGAACAACGCUGAUAUUAAGGGAUGUGCAAUGGGUACUCGACGAGCAAGUGGUUCCAGAAAACGCCUUCAAUCCACACUCUAACAGAUGGACUUAUAUUCAUACAUUAGAAGAUAUCUACAAAUGGCUUAAUGGGACCGCUGUAAAUCAUACUGGCAUAACCAAAUUUGAAGCUAUUGGCAAGUCAGCAGAAGACAGAGACAUUUAUGCCUUCUCUAUAAUUAAUCCAUUGAAGGAUGACAGCGUCAAAGUUAUAAUAGAAGCUGGAACUCAUGGAAACGAGUAUAUUGGGACACACUUUACAACUUAUUUAAUUAAUCAGCUUCUCAACAGUACCGAUCCCAAUCUAGUGAUGCUACGAAAAAAGUAUAACUGGUACUUCAUACCAGUUUUGAACCCAGAUGGAUAUGUUUAUUCUCAAAAAGAAGACCGUCUUUGGAGAAAAAAUAGACGAAGAACAGAGGGAAAAUCUAUUGGCGUCGAUUUGAAUAGAAAUUUUGGAUACAAAUUCGGAUUGUAUGAUGCUAGUUCAGAACCCGAGCAUGAGCGUUAUCAUGGCCCAUCUGAAUUUUCGGAGCCAGAAACGCAGGUCUUGAGAAAAUUUAUUGAUAGAAAACGAGAUAGAUUGACAUUUUAUUUUUCAUUCCAUGGAUACGGACAAAAGAUUAUAAUUCCUUACUCAGAUAGUACUAGACAUCUGGGGAAUUUUCAUGAAGUGCAAACAUAUGCAAAACAAGCAGCUGCAAAGAUGGAAUCAUUUGCUGGUCACAAGUAUAGUGUUGGUAUCCCAUUCGACUUAUUUGGAAAAAGGCAAUCUGGUGAUAGCGCCAGUUGGGUGAAGAAAGAUUAUCAUGUUCCUUACGUUUUCACCGUUCUCCUACGAGACGACGGGUCUUACGCUUUGGCUUUGCCCAACGAGCAGCUGCUAGCAGCUUGUCAGGAAAUGGAGAUAGGUUUUGUCGAGCUGAUGAUGUCCACACCAAGAAAUAUGAAGGGAAACACAUUCUUCACGCGUGCUCGCGGAAUAAGAAUUUCUGUGUUACCAUUUCUCUUUAUUAUACUUCCAAUGUUAAUAAUGGUUUGA